AUGCAAGAACAGGGCUUCCGCGGGUCCGGCGCGCUCCCAUUGGCUGGCCCCGCCCUGAAACGUCACUGCCUGGAGGGGACUACUUUUUGCCGGAGGAGGGACACAGAAAACAACUUUUUUUUUCCUCUGCAAAAACUUUUCCAGGGUGGCCGGGAAGACGUCGCUUCCUGUCUACAGCCUACAGGCCGUGUUGUCCCGCCCAGAGAACGCGACUCUGAGGGUCUCGUCCUCUCCCGGGGGGCCCUUCCCCCGCCUUGUCCCUUGAAAAUUCAGCCCAGCCUCCUGGCAGGGGUCCUGAGGGUCCCUAGGGGCAGUUGGUCUAACGGGUGUCUCCUCUGUCCCAGGGCAUCCUGUGGCACAGAGUCCCACCGGAUGCUGAUCGUGAGCAUUGUUAUCAGUGUUGUGCUGGUCCUUGCUGGGACGGGCACAGCUGGAUACUUCCACAUCUGGACAGCUUGGAGAGAGAAGCCUUGCAGUGCUCCGAGCUGGCUACAUCUAGAGCCCAUCAUGCCCGGAGCCACCCGCACCCCAGUCCUGGGUGAGGGGCUGCACUGUGCCCUGGGAGGUGGCGACAUAGAAGAAGAAAGGAAGCCUUGCAGCGCUCCGGUAAGCGGAGCCUGCGAUGACUGUGAAAGCUUGGCUGGACCUGCAUGUAAAAUCUAAAUGACCAAAUAAAAAUAACAGUGCAUCUUGCACAAGAAUGCAAGAUCAUGGCUUGGACCAUGCAAAA